CGUGGGAGGGCGGGCGGGGCCCUUGUCACUCCUUUCCUUGCAGCCUCUGGAGGUGGGGUUCCCAGUGCAGAGCCAGACGCAUUGGAUUCCAAGCCUCCGGUGGUGUGGCCUCUCUGGACUGAGACCACCCAGGGCUUCUAACUCUUAACCUUGAGCCAGAAGUUAGCGGGUGCCCUGGAGGACACAGGCAGACGGGCGAGCUCUGAGCUGCAGAGGACAGGGUCCUGGGUUGCCAAGAAACUGCAAACCCUGGGCGGCCUUACACGUCCACAACUUUGGCAUCGUGAGUAUGGACUGGCUGGUGAAAAAUGUCACCUACAGGCCCCACUGCUACUUCUGCCACACCCGGAAAGGGACCAUGCUGUUCAGAUUUGCUCACCCAAGCCCCCCGAAACCGGAGCCGGCAGAAUGUUCCGAGUGGGUUUUGCUGGAGAAAGUUCGAAAGGGGCUGCAGAACGUCACUGAGUUUGACCAGAGCAGCCUGCUGAGAAGUUUCACCCUUGUGACCGAGAGCCCCCAGGUGACCUAUGCAAACCAAGACAUGGUCUGGGCCAAGUUUCAAACCAUCUUCUUGUCGCUCUCCGGCCUCGUGAACCAUGCACCGGUGUUCAGAGACUAUAUCUUCCGCGGCCUGGAGGAGUUCUACCAGGACAACGUGCUCUACCUGGAGCUCAGGACCACACUGUUCCCGGUGUACGAACUGAAUGGGACGGUUCACAGCCUAGAGUGGUCGGUGAGGACGUAUGAGGAGGUGGCUCGAGUGUUUGCAGAAAAGCAUCCUGGGUUCAUCGGAAUCAAACUCAUUUACUCGGAUCACCGAUCCAAAAAUGUGUCCUGCAUCAAAAAAUCGGUCCAAACGGCCAUGAAACUUCGUGCCCAGUUCCCCAGGAUGGUGGCUGGGUUUGAUCUGGUGGGGCGCGAGGACACGGGCCACUCGCUGUACUACUACAGGGAGGCUUUGAUGAUCCCAGCCUCGCGCGGCGUGAAACUGCCUUACUUCUUCCACGCCGGAGAGACAGACUGGCAAGGAACUGCCGCAGAUGGAAACCUUCUGGAUGCCCUGCUACUGAACUCCACCAGGAUCGGCCAUGGGUUUGCCCUGAGCAAACACCCAGCCGUCUGGGCUGACUCCUGGAAGAAAGACAUCCCCGUGGAGGUCUGCCCCAUCUCCAACCAGGUUCUGAAGCUGGUGUCCGACCUGAGAAACCACCCCGCUGCUGUCCUCAUGGCCACUGGGUACCCCAUGGUGAUCAGCUCUGAUGACCCUGCUGCCUUUGGGGCCAAAGGCUUGUCCCACGAUUUCUACGAGGCCUUCAUGGGCAUCGGCGGGGUGACGGCCGACCUGAGGACACUCAAACAGCUGGCCAUGAACUCGCUCAAGUACAGCGCCCUGUCGGAGGGUGAGAAGAAGGUUGCCAUGGAAGCCUGGGAGGAGAGAUGGCAUAAGUUUGUGGCCGAGCUGGCCAGGGGCCCAGAGUGAGAAGAGGCUGUCCGCUGCCCUCCGCCUCCGCUUCCCCCUACACUGUCCUCACGUUCUCCACCUCGGCCGUUUAGAACCCAGCGUGGUCUCCACCUCUGUGUCUUUAUCAGAACCGACCUGUGAAGGUCACCCGGGGCCGCCACGUUGCGGAUCUCCCAGAAACACCCCAUCCGUGGACCACACUCGCCUUUGGAUGCCCUCUGUCGCAGCCUCAGUGACAGGCCCCCUGCUUCCUCGCUGGCCGUGGCUCUGGCCCCUGCACUGGCUCCGGCUCUGCCUGGUCUCUGUGGUCCGCUGGCUCGCCCGUCCUGGCUUCUCUCCUGCUCUUCCCUCCUCUCACGCUGCACGAUCCUCCUAGGUGGUCUCGUCCGCUCCUUCCUUUUUAAAGCCACGUAUUGUUGAUGAUUCCCAAGCGUCAGAUGCAUGUGGAUGGCUCCCAGACUCUCGGAGACCUACUGUGUGCAGCGCUGCCCUUCCAGCCUCUCCCUGGUCAUUCCUAUCUUGGGAGAAGUCCCCUCCUCCCACUCCACCCACUGCUCAGAGCAGAGAUGGUCAGUAAAUUCUUGCCCCCCCAUCAGAAGGGCCCUUGGAUCCGCCCCCCCCCCCGGCUCUGGGCUCAGUUCCAGCCACUGUCGCCUCUUCCCUGAGUUACGACAGCCUCCUAACCCACCUCUCCUUUCUUCUCUCUGCUACCCCAGCUCUGUUUUCAAAGAGCAACGGCUGUUUAGCGCUAAAUUAAGCCAGGGUGCUCUGCUUUACAACGCGGUGCACUUAGCAAAGCCCGGAAGUCUCCACAGGGGGUCGCCUCCUGUCAGCCCGGGCCCCCCAGCAGCGUCCCGCCCCCAGCGCCCUAGUGCACCAGGCUGCCCCCGGGUCCCAGGCUCUGCCCUGCACCCGGCUCCUGCCUCACGCUCUCUGCCGGGAAUGCCGGCAGAGGUUGCAGCUUUCCUGUCCGUGUCUCAGAAAGGUUUCCAGGCCCCAUUCUCCCUCGGGGCACCCUAGGCUUUUCCUUCCUGACUCUACUGCGACCGCCAUUAGGAAUGUAUUUCUGGGGCCUCCGUCCCACCAGACCAGAAGCUCCAGGCGGACAGGCACUGACGACCCGUCAUGCACACUGCGAAGCCCGAGCCGGCUCCCGGCCCCGCCGGUUGGUCCGCAGUGGGGGACGCGGACAGGACGGACCUGACCUGGGCGUGCUGGGCUGGCUGAGGCAGGAGCAGAGCGGAGUCACCCCAAACAAAAGACCCGUGGGGUCAGGUCCAGGGCUGUGGGCGAGGGCAGGCGAGGGGCCAGCCCUGGCCUCACCCAACCCCAGGGUGUGAAGGAGACCAAAGAAUUCCUCCAAAGAGGAAUGUCUUCUCCCCACCCCAUCCCCGUGCCGAGCCCUCAGGCAGAAGCCAGCCCUCUCCCCGAGGGGACCACUGGCCCCUGGGACUGGGAAAGGGUCCUCAACCACAGGCUGGUACCUGGAGGGAGCCGGAUGCCCUAGAAGGGCCUUUGAGUCAUCGCCUUCCCGGUCCCAGCAGAGGACACACGGUCCCAGCUCAGCUGAUUUAGAUUCAAUAAAUGUGAGAACAGAACUUACCAGAAUGGGCUUCUGCAGCAGGUUGCCAUGGCCACAGGGGUCUCCCGGGAGCAUAAGGUCCCUGAUUUGGGAAACAAACCAGCUCUGGUGCAUUCAUGCCGGUUCAAUAGGCUGAGUCCGAGCUGACAGCCAGAAACACCCCACGGCCAGGUCCUGACUCGCGAGGAGGGCGUGGCUGCCCUCCCUCGGGCCUGAGCGACGUCUCUGCCAGGGGCACGGGGUGAAGCUGGCUUCACUCACUCCUCCUGUGGGACUUCCCUGAGUGCCCUGACGUAGAUGCCUUUUGGGAAAACUUGUCUGUUAACUGAAGUUUUGUAAACCAAAUCACGGGGUACGUGGAGUGGGGGGGAGGGGCUUGCUCUUUCUUUGACGGCAAUCUGCAGCAAAGCAUUCAGUCUGCAAAACAUCUUUCUGUGAUUUGAACUUCUGGACUCUAUCUGUUUAUUUACUUCUCAGAAUGAGGUCAAAUCCUUUGUCCUUCUUUGUCAGAUGAAUUGUCCAGGCAGGAAGAACCACAGGGUCCACAUCGCCCAGCCUGUGGCGGGUGCCCUGAUCCGGCCUCCUCCAGGGUCCUGGAGUUUUGCUUCGUCCAGGACAGCUGUGGGGGGGGGGACAACAGGGGGCCUUCCGGAAGGUCAGAUGGAGGGAAUUGCAGGACAUGCAAAGCAUCCUCUUUGCCAGCAGGUUGGAAGUCGGGGUCCAACCACAGGGAAAACCAUGGGACUUUGAUCUCAGUACCUUGAAAUCGUGUGAAACUUCAGAAGAGUGUUAAGGAAAGCACGAAGAACUCCAAACGCACGCCCCGCCCAGGUUCCGUGACCAACGCGCUACACACUUGCUGCACCCGUCGCCCGCCCUCCCCUCCCUCGGUGCCCCUAACUAGACGCCCUGCAUUUUCUGACCGGUUGAGACUUAGUCUGCAGAUGUCACUCCUGAACACGCCCGUGUCGUCUCAUAAAGACAGCGCUGUUCUCCGUGCAGCCACAGCACCACCGCCCAAAGCAGGAAGGGAGCACCGAGGGCACGCCACCUGCCGUCUGACCCCGGCCCCUCCACACGCUCCCCCUUCCUGGCCCAGACCCCGGUCGGGGCUCCUGGGUCACAUGUCAGUCGGGGACAGUGCCUCAGUCUCUCCUCGUCCUUUGUGCCCUUGCCGUCUCUGAAGAGCACAGGCCGGUCAUCCUGGGGUUUGUGAUUCCAGCUGUGCGCCUUGAGGGGGACGCCUCAGGUGGUGUUUGUCCUCAGUGCUUUGCCCCAGGGACUGGGGCCAGGGCCUGCCGGAGGCCAUCUCUCCCGCAAGCAAGAGCAGUCCUUAGCGCUGGGUUAGACCAGCCUGAAACCAGUCAUCGUGGGAGUUUUUGCACCGCAGAAAUCAGCGAAUGUUACAAAUCUGUGCCUCCCCCAGAAGGUGUUAAACAUUAACACCCCCCCCCCAAGCUUAGGAUGUCAGUUUGUCCCAUUACCAGGAGGUUAACUCUGAGCACUGUGUUAGGUGAUGCCUGCCGGGAUUCGCCGAUGUAGAGAUGUUCCCUUGGUGACUAGUGAAUACUUGGCGGGAGACACUUCAGCUCUAUGUGGAAAUAUUAUUCCUCAUCACAGCUUUACCCGCUAGUUUUUGCUUCCGUCCAGGAUUAUUGUCUGAAUCGACUGUUACCACCAUAGCUGCUGUUUCAAGUAUCUGUUGCUGUGUAAUAAAUUAUCCCAAAGCUUAGUGGCUUCAAAAACCAAUAAAA